GUUUGGUACAAACAGUUCAUUACUGUCAAAGACACGCAUGAGUUUAAAUGUAAUCCUGCGCAAUUUUCCAUCUCUGGCAAAAACGAAACUCAUGGCAAAAAGGCAGCGAUUAUUGGUAUUUUGUUAAAAAUAUUUCGAAAAAGUGUUAAAAUGAAAGAAAAUAGCGAAAAGCUACCACCAUUAGUGCAAGAAGAAAAGGAAGUAGAAAAAUUAAAAGAUGAAAACGCAACUGAAGAAACGCCGUUGAAAACAUGCGAGGAUGUAGAAAAAAAGGAAAACAAAGAGAAAAAGUUAACGAUUAUGGAAAGGUUAAAAAUCAUAAAAGCCAACAUCACAGUUGAGCCUAUAAUGGCAUGCUAUGUAAUGCCAAGUGUACUGGCAUCAUUGGCGACGCAAAAUUUAAACUUGGAGAAGGCAUGUCGGGUUAAUUUGAAUUUUUCUACUGAAGUUUGCGAUGCUCUUAAUUUAAGGCAAACUGAAAACUAUACUGAGUAUGAAACACAAGUACAAACCUUGACCGCUAGCGUUCAAGCUUGGAAGAAUGUAGUUCAGACUGCUAUACCUGUAUUGUUAAUAUUGUUUGUUGGGGCUUGGAGUGACAAAACUGGGAAACGAAAAGCAUGUAUCAUGCUGCCUAUAGUCGGAGAAUUCUUAACCAGUAUUGGUUUUAUUGUAAAUACUUAUUACUUUUACGAGUUACCAGUCGAAGUUGCUGCAAUGACGGAGGCAAUAUUUCCUGCUAUCACUGGAGGCUGGUUUACAAACUUUAUAGGAGUAUUUAGCUACAUUAGUGAUAUAACUACUGAAGAAGAAAGAACUUAUAGGGUCGGAAUAGUAAAUUUAUGUAUGUCUUUAGGUUUUCCAAUAGGUAGCGCGUUAAGUGGAGUUCUAUUGACAUGGCUCGGAUAUUACGGAGUGUUUUCAAUAUCAACUGCUUUGUACGUGUUUAGUUUGUUUUAUGGUUAUUAUUAUUUAGAGGAUCCAAAGAGACCUGCAAUAGAAGAAAAGAGUCAAAACACGAAAGGUGGAUUUAUUGGAUUCCUUAAGGAAUUCUUCGAUGUAUCACUGGUCAUGGACACUUUUCGGGUUGCAUUCCAUAAAGGAGCUGGGAACCGAAGGCUGAGGGUGGCCAUGCUUCUUAUAUCAGUGUGUGUGAUCUUUGGUCCAAUGCAUGGUGAAUACACUGUUCUCUAUCUAUUCGCCCGGUUCAGAUUCAACUGGGACGAGGUGCAAUACAGUCUGUGGUCUACGUACGCCAUUACGACUAAUUUAUUAGGCACAAUGUUCUCAAUCAGCCUGUUCAGCAACUACAUGAAGUUGGAUGACACGCUGCUCGGCAUCAUAUCCUGCGUCAGCAAGAUCAUGGCUUCCUUCGCCUACGCCUUCGCUAGGAACGAUCUCGAAAUUUAUAUGGCACCACUUCUAGAGAUUCUGAAUGGCACAUCGUUCAUAGCAAUGAGGUCUAUUGCAACCAAGUUGGUGAGCGGCAAAGAGUUUGGAAAAGUAAAUUCUCUCUUCGGAUUGGCUGAAGCGACGAUGCCGCUGGUAUACGGACCGCUGUACUCGCGCGUGUACAUGGCGACCCUGAACGUAUUGCCUGGAGCGGUUUUCCUUUUAGGAUCUUUUCUUAUUCUGCCUGCUGUUUUUAUAUUUAUAUGGUUAUACUUUGAACAUAAAAAGGACAAGAAAGAAAUCACGGAACAAUUGGAAGACGUCAAAACAGUGAACACCGAAAAAUGUUCUUCUUCAUAGUCGUAUUCCUCAUGGCUGAGGGUCGUGGUCAUUACGGGGAAUGAAACACACACAACAACUUUCUUGGCAUUAUUAAUGGAGUGGUUUGCCAUUGCCUUCUCCAUUUCACACACAAGUUAAUAAUCAACCAGUGUGCA